AGCAGGGGCGGACUGACCAUUUGGGAACUCGGGUACUGCCCGGGGGCCCGGGGUCGGUAGGGGGCCCCAUGAGAUGCCCCUGGUACCUUUUUCAUAGGCUUUUUUGAGUUUGGGCAAGGACACAGGGGCCCCAUGAGCCCCUAUUGCCCGGGGGCCCCAUGAGUUGUCAGUCCGCCCCUGUACCCACUUAUUGGAAUCAGUGGGAGGAAUACUACUUCAUCAUUGGUAUCAGUGGGAGUAAUGGUACCCCAUUGUUGGUAUCAGUGCAAGGAAUAGUG